UGGGCAGGAGAAAGAUUGACUCCACUUAUGCAAUUGGCUAGGUAAUUCAUUAUAUUUGCCACAAUCAAGCAACAUAGUACAAAAAUGUCCAUACAGUUUCCAAGGCCGGCACCAUGGAGAAACAACAACAUGACGCUACCGCAAAAAGAAAAUCCAAUUUCAGAGCAAGGAGAGACUGUCAUAGGCAUAUAUCUACUAACCCUAGGAUGGAUGUCAUGGUUUGGCAACAGUAUCGUUAUAUUUAUAUUAUACAAACAGAGGGCCAGCUUGCUGCCUACUGACUAUCUUACUUUUAACUUGGCGGUGUCCGAUGCCAGUGUGUCAGUGUUUGGCUAUUCCAGAGGCAUCAUUGAUAUCUUUAAUGUUUUCAGAGAUGAUGGCUUUCUCAUUACAUCAAUAUGGACAUGUCAGGUUGAUGGAUUCCUGACUCUUCUGUUUGGUCUGGCCAGUAUAAAUACCCUUACUCUAAUCAGUGUGACUCGCUAUAUUAAAGGCUGUCAUCCGCAGAGAGCUAAUUGCAUUAGCAAUGGCAGCAUCACUAUAUCGCUGGUACUGAUAUGGAUUGCGGCAUUGUUUUGGUCAGUGGCUCCUCUCCUAGGCUGGGGAAGCUAUAGAGAUCGUAUGUAUGGAACUUGUGAAAUUGACUGGACCAAAGCCAGCUUCUCCACAAUUUAUAAGUCAUAUAUUGUGUCCAUUUUUAUUUGCUGCUUCUUCCUACCUGUAAUGGUCAUGGUAUUUUGUUAUGUUUCCAUAAUCAACACUGUGAAAUCAAGUCGUGCUUUAAGUACUGAAGUCAAUUUAUCAGAUAGACAAAGGAAGAUGGAACGCGAUGUAACCAGGGUAUCGAUUGUCAUAUGCACAGCCUUCAUAAUUGCCUGGUCUCCGUACGCUGUGAUAUCUAUCUGGUCUGCAUUUGGAUACUAUGUCCCCAAUCUGACCAGUAUUUUAGCGAGCCUUUUUGCUAAAUCUGCCAGCUUCUAUAAUCCUCUGAUCUACUUUGGAAUGAGCUCCAAGUUCCGAAAGGAUCUAGGCAUAUUGAUUCCAUGCACAAAGACCAAUGGCAGGGACCCAGUCAGACUCAAACGUUUCAAACGUUUAAAGCACAAACAUGAACCUGCCCAGCACCUUAGAGAACAAAAACAUAUUGGAUCACCACAAGAGGCACAAGUAGUACCAAGUCAAGACUCUGGGGUGGGAAGUCCCAGCAAUACCCCUCCGCUUGAAAUGAAAGAUGUCUGCACCUGCCAUCUAGAUAAACCAUCUGAAAGCCAUUAUGAAUGUGCUCGUCUAUGAGCUGAUGUAUGUGACCAUGUAAUCUUAAAAUUCAUCACAUUUUCCUUUUUAUUUGUAAAGCAAACUUAGUGUUCUUGGAAAUGUGUAAUCCUUGUAAGUCUUCUUUUCAUACUUUUCAUGUGUUAUCUUAAAGAGUAUUAGGCAAUGAAAGCACAUAACUGCCUUAUGACAAACAAUAUUUAUGCCUUCAAAUACCAGUGACACCAAUCAACCAUAUUCAUAGGGGCAUAUUAAAUAUUUCUAAACAUAUUGAGGCAAAUAUUAUUGUAAUUUGCUAAGCUUUAAUUUAUACACAUGUAAAUAAAGAGAAUACCAAAGGGCAUCUGUUAUGACUCCCCAAAAACAGCAACAUGUUUUUCUGUUAUCUUCCUUCUUUUUCAGAUUUGAGGGCCACCUUCUACAGACACCCAAAAGUGACACCCAAAAGUUUGCAAAUAUAUAAU